CCAUUAAAUUUUACCUAAAAUAAGUAGCCAUAAACUAGCCACAACGACACACCCGCUGGCCAAUCGACCUAUCGAAGGGCGGACGGACCAAUCGAUAACUCCGCCAUUUUUGAAAAUACUGGCAGCAACAAUGUAUUCGUUUGCUGGCGUCGCAUUCCUUUAGCUUAAAUUGCUGGGCCCCAAAAAUUGCCGAAAGUAACGUAACCGCUCUAGAUAGCUCUAGAUAAAACCAAAAUUGCCUGUUGUCCGGGGCCACCGCGGUGCCUAGUUGCUAGUUCCUAGUUCUUCCCUGUGUUCCUUGGCUGAAAAAAAACGGUUAUCCCUAUUUGGCAGAUUAAUCCCCCCCUCGCAGAUGUCCGGCGAGGAUCCCAGUUCCGUGGCCGUGGCCCUGCGCGUGCGCCCCCUGGUGCAGUCGGAGUUGGACCGCGGCUGCCGGAUCGCCGUGGAGCGUUCGGCGGACGGAGCUCCCCAGGUGACGGUCAACCGGACGGAGGCGUACACGUACAACAAUGUCUUCGACAUCGGGGACACCCAGAAGGACAUCUUCGAGAGCUGUGUGCAGGGCAAGGUGCAGAAGCUGCUGCACGGCUACAAUGUCACCAUCCUCGCGUAUGGACAAACGGGCUCCGGCAAGACCUACACCAUGGGCACGGCCUUCAAUGGUGUGCUGGACGAUCAUGCCGGUGUCAUUCCACGUGCCGUUCAUGAUAUAUUCCUGGCCAUCGAGGAUAUGCGCGAGGAAUUCCGCUUUGCGGUCACCUGCUCCUUCGUGGAGCUCUACCAGGAGCAGUUCUUUGACCUUUUCUCCAGCCAGAAGCGCGAGAAGGCCACCGUGGACAUUAGGGAGGUGAAGAACCGGGUUGUCAUGCCGGGUCUCACCGAACUGGAGGUUAAAUCCGCCCAGGAGGUCACCGAUCACCUGAUGCGCGGCUCCGCCGGACGAGCUGUGGCCGCCACGGCCAUGAACGAGACCUCCUCGAGAUCGCAUGCCAUCUUCACGCUCACCCUGGUGGCCACCAAGCUGGACGGCAAGCAAUCCGUCACCACAUCCCGCUUCAAUCUGGUGGAUCUGGCUGGCUCGGAACGCUGCUCCAAGACCCUGGCCAGCGGGGAUCGCUUCAAGGAGGGCGUGAACAUCAACAAGGGCCUGCUGGCCCUGGGCAAUGUGAUCAAUGCCUUGGGAUCUGGCCAGGCCGCCGGCUACAUACCCUACCGGCAGUCCAAGCUGACGCGCCUGCUGCAGGACUCCCUGGGCGGCAACUCCAUCACCCUGAUGAUCGCCUGCGUCAGCCCGGCCGACUACAAUGUGGCCGAGACGCUGAGCACUCUGCGCUACGCGGAUCGCGCCCUGCAGAUCAAGAACAAGCCGGUGGUCAAUCUCGAUCCGCAUGCGGCGGAGGUCAACAUGCUGAAGGACAUUAUCCAGAAGCUGCGUGUGGAACUCCUGGCGGGCGGCAAGAUGAGCAGCUCCAUCACCAGCGCCGUUGGAGCUGCUGGCUUGGGCUCUCUUUCCGGCGAGGAGUCGCUGGCCGGGUCCAUGGCCAAUGCGGCCGAGAAUCAGCGGCUCAAGGAGCAAGUGCGCAGCCUGCUGGACAGGAACAGGAAGCUGCAGCAGGAGCUGCAUCACUCCCUGGUCGAUCUCACCGAGAAGGAGAUGCGCGCGCACAUUGCCGAGCAGGCUCACGACAAACUGCGCGUGCAUGUGGUGCAGCUGAAGAAGCAACUGAAUCUGAAGGAAGGAGACGCUGAACUGCGCGAAAUCUCACAGCUGGUGGACCUGGUGGACGAUGAGCUGCAGCGCACGCAGGAGGAGCUGGAGUCGCAGGGCCAGGAGACCCGCCAGCAGCUCAGCAGUCGCUCCCAAUCCGAGAGGGACGGCGACUCAGGUAGCUGUUCGUCGAGCGGCGGCGAUGAAGCCCACUCCGAGGAGUUUACCAACAAGCAGCUGAACUUCGCCGGCGAGCUGCGCAACAUCAAUCGCCAGCUGGACCUCAAGCAGGAGCUGCACGAGCGCAUCAUUCGCAACUUCAGCAAGCUGGAGUCCGAGGACGAGGACGCCAAGCUGCGGGCGUGCAACCAGAAGAUCGAUGGCCUGGAGGCUGAGCGACGCGACCUCAUGGACCAGCUGCGCAACAUUAAAAACAAGGACACCUCGGCCAAGAUAGCCGAGGAGCGACGCAAGCGGCUGCAGCUGCUCGAGCAGGAGAUCUCCGAGCUGCGCCGCAAGCUGGUCACCCAGGCCAACAUGCUGAAGAUGCGCGAGAAGGAGCGCGAGAAGAUCCAGAAUCUGAGCGGCGAGAUCCGGGCCAUGAAGGAGUCCAAGGUGAAGCUCAUACGCGCCAUGCGCGGCGAGUCGGAGAAGUUCCGCCAGUGGAAGAUGGUGCGCGAAAAGGAGCUCACCCAGCUGAAGAGCAAGGACCGCAAGAUGCAGUCGGAGAUUGUCCGCCAGCAGACGUUGCACUCCAAGCAAAGGCAGGUGCUGAAGCGCAAGUGCGAGGAGGCCUUGGCGGCCAACAAGCGGCUGAAGGAUGCCCUCGAGCGGCAGGCCUCGGCGCAGGCGCAGCGCCAGAAGUACGCCAAGGAUCAUGGCUCCUCCUCUAACUCGCACUCGAAGUCCGAUAGCUGGGUGGACCGUGAACUGGAGAUCAUACUCUCGCUCAUCGAUGCGGAGCACAGUUUGGAGCAGCUCAUGGAGGACCGGGCGGUGAUCAACAAUCACUAUCACCUGCUGCAGCAGGAGAAGACCAACGAUCCGGCCGAGGCCAAGGAGCAGGCUCGCCUGCUGGCCAAUCUCGAGGAGGAGCUGGAGAUGCGCAAUGCCCAGAUCGCCGACCUGCAGCAGAAGAUCUGCCCCACCGACCUGGACACUCGGAUUCGCUCCCUGGCCGAGGGUGUCCAGAGCAUUGGCGAAUCGCGCGCUGUUAGCAAGCAGCUGCUCAAGACUCUGGUGCAGCAGCGACGCCAGCAGGCGGCCAGCCUGAAUGAACAGCGCACGGCGUUGGAUGAGCAGCGCACGCAGCUCCUGGAGGCCCAGCAGCAGGGCGAGGCGGCCAGCAGGCGCCUUCGUUCGGUGGAGACCGAGCAUCAGGAGCAAAUGCUCGCCUUGCAACGAGCCUACGAGGAGAAGGUGGCCGUUUUGAUACGGACAGCCAACCAGAGAUCGGCUGAGAUUCAACCGCCGGCGGAGCAGGAGAAGCAGCGCCAGCAGGUGCUCGAGGAGAUCCUCAGCAGCCGCGAGGCACUGCAGCAGGAGCUGGACGCACUGAAGGCCCGCACGAAGUCGAAGAUCAAGGCUGUGAAGGCCGAGCCACAGAAUCUCGAUGAAAGUUGCCAGCUGGUGGAGGUCAACGAGACCAUCGAACUGAGCGAUCUCAGCGACGAUCCCGACUGGUUGCCGGAAACAUCGAAGGCCAAGAAACUUCAGGCGAACUCCAGCCGCAAUGCGACUUUAGCCGAGAAUGUGACCACUACCGGCAAUGCUUCCAUCCAGUCCCUGAACUCCACAGCCGCCACGGAGGAUGGCAAGCGGGGCAAGGGAUGCAAGUGCCGGACCAAAUGCAACACCAAGCGAUGCGGCUGCUUUGUGGCCAACCACGGUUGCUGCGACGGCUGCGUUUGCAAGAGCAACUGCCUCAAUCCCGCGAACGCCAAGGAGCAGGCGCCGCAAAACGGCGAGGGUGACGGUGGUGGUGGUCAGCAACCAGCGAGCACGGAUGGCAAUGGGGAUUCGGCGGAGGGCGAGGAGGUCGACGACGAUGAGGAGCACCAGGCCACCAAGGAGAAUCCCGUGAACUUCUCCACGCCGCAAACGCCCGGCAAGGCGAAGCGACCGCUGAUGGAACCACCGCCAGCGGCACCAUCCACGCCGCUGGGCGACCUGAACGGACUGGAGGACCUCAAUGGACCCAAGUUAGCAAGGUUAGCAAGAUUACAUGAUGCCCUAAGAACACAAUGCAGAUGUCUGCUUAUAAUUUUCAGAAUGUCGGGAUUGGCCUUUGCCACGCCGAAGAGGAAAUUCUUUUGAAGCUUCAAGGAAAUCGGGAAACGGAAACGGAAGUGGAAGUGGAAAGGAAAGAGAGGAGCAGCGAAGUCAGCUUGUUUCCAAGAGCCAGAUUGAACUUCUUUCAAUAUGUUUAUGUUAUCGUUUAUCAUCCAAGACUGUAUGAAUCAUCCACUUUUUAUAAUAUAGUUCCAAUAGCUCAUUUUCGGCUGAUCUGAGAACUGAUUUUAACUUGCAAAGCCCAGAAAUAUAUCCCCUUUAACCUA